AUGCUUCGUGACAUCGUCAAGAGAAAAGACGAAACUAUCUCGGAGCUUUUGCGCGACAGCCAAAGUAAGUCCAUCAAGACUGAGUCCACUUCACGGGAGAGCGACGAGCACCUGCAGUACCGCGAGGUCGCCAUUCUUAGGCGGAAGAACAAGCGACUUCAGCUCGACUUGAAGUCCAAGCAGCAGACCAUCACAGGCCUUCUGAAACUGGUCGAGAGGCUGUCGCAACAAGCAGAUGCCGAAACCAGUGCGCCCGAGGAGGACACCCAGGACGAGCCGGAGAUCAAUCCCAAAGUCGUGGGCCCCAAGCUUCAGGUGACGCAGGUGGCCGUGGAUCCCAAUGACCCACCUGGAGCAGCCGACGCACCGUCCAUGCAGGCGCCAUGUCCUAGCCCUUUGGAGCCAGCGCCAACCCCAGUUAUGCAGCAGGAGGGACCCUUUGCAGGGGAGUUGGGCGCUCUGGUGGAGAAGCUACAGGCCCUGCAAGAAGCAACUCUCUCGGCCACCCAAGGCGUGGCCGCUCUGGGCCACUUGGCGAGCAACGCAGCCCUGAAGCGUGAGCUGGCGGUACUGGAGGAGAAGAAAAGGGUGGUGCAGCACCUCGCCCAUACGCUGGAGCCGGAUGGCUCCGACUCAGAGGAGGGCGACGGCUUCCCGCUACGCUGA